AUGAGGAUUAGAAGGCUUUCCGCAAUUUUUUGGGCGACGUGUAUAAUUGCUUUUAUUUUCAUUCUGUACGUCGUUACCGAUCUAAGUUUUAAAUUGCCGAAUAUUAGGCCGGUUGCAGUGGAAAUAGAUGAUAGCAAAUGGACGUCAUUUGAGUCUAAAUUACGACACCUAGAAAAAGAGUUAGACCAACACCAUGCAGUAGUCGGAGAAAUCAAAUCGGCUGUGGACCAAAUUGUAGAGCAAUCACAAGAAAUUCAUGUACCACCUAAAAGACUGAAGAUUCCAAGAAAAGAGGCUAAAAUUAGAGAAUUUAGAGUGGUAGGAGAUGAGCCACCAAGAAUGCAUAUAAAAUUCAAUCACACAAGUUGCCCUAUUAAUCAAAUCACAUCAAAAACUGACAUACAGAUGCUUUCUAUGUAUGAAAGAAUAAUGUUUGAUGAUAAAGAUGGAGGAGUUUGGAAACAGGGUUGGGAAAUCGAGUAUAAAGAUGAUCAGUGGAAUCAAAAGAAGAAGUUAAAAGUGUUUAUUGUCCCUCAUUCACAUAAUGAUCCAGGCUGGAUCAAAACCUUCGAGAACUACUACAAAACACAAACGAAGGCAAUAUUUACUAAUAUGGUGGAAAAGUUGACACAAGGCGUUGGUAGAAAGUUCAUUUGGGCUGAAAUAAGUUUCCUUUCUUUAUGGUGGAACUCUGAUGCAACUGAUAAAGAAAAGUCUACAUUUAAGAGUCUUUUGAAAUCCGGCCAAAUAGAAAUAGUUACAGGUGGAUGGGUGAUGAAUGACGAAGCCAACUCACAUUGGAUUUCCAUUAUUCAACAGCUCACUACUGGUCAUCAAUGGCUAUUUGACAAUUUAGGGUACAUUCCAAAGAAUGCAUGGGCAAUAGAUCCUUUUGGUCACUCCAGCGCACAGCCGUAUCUGCUUAAACUGGCUGGAUUAGAAAACUCUGUGAUUCAACGUGUUCAUUAUAGAGUCAAAAAGGAGUUAGCUUUGAAUCGACAGCUGGAGUUUAAAUGGCGACAAUUGUGGGACGGUAAUGGCAAAACCGAUAUGUUUACCCACAUGAUGCCUUUUUAUUCUUAUGAUGUGCCCCAUUCAUGUGGACCAGAUCCUAAGAUUUGUUGCCAGUUUGAUUUCAAAAGGUUACCGGGCAAUGGUGUGACUUGCCCAUGGGGUGUAGCUCCUAAAAAAAUUAUUGAGAAAAAUGUGGCAGAAAGAGCAUUCUUGUUACUAGAUCAAUGGCGUAAGAAGGCGCAAUUAUACCGCAGCAAUGUGGUGCUUUUCCCGUUGGGCGACGACUUUCGUUACGAUCGCGCAAACGAAUGGGAUAAUCAGUAUCAAAACUACGAUGCACUGAUUGAGUAUAUUAACAGCAAAGAGUCGUGGAACGCGGAGGUGCAGUUUGGUACCCUCCAAGACUAUUUUAAAGCAGUCCAUGAGGAGGUGAAGAUGUCUGACUUCCCGGUAUUGUCGGGCGAUUUCUUCACUUACGCGGACAGAAAUCAACACUACUGGAGUGGUUACUAUACUUCGAGACCAUUUUAUAAAAACAUGGAUCGAGUUCUCAUGGCAUACGUCAGAGCGGCAGAAAUAAUAACAGCACAAGCCAGCUCAAGCCGGGCGGUCAAUUAUAUUAUGUCGCUUCAGCUGAGAGACCGCGUGGAGCAAGCAAGACGUGCACUUUCUCUAUUCCAGCACCACGACGGAGUCACGGGUACCUCGCGUGACGAAGUUAGGGAGGAUUAUGCUAAAAAAAUGUUAACAGCUAUAAAGUACAGUCAGUCGGCGAUCCAACAAGCCGCUUACUUCCUCCUCAAGCAGCCGCCCAUUCAAGAACAAACCCAAGAAGAUAUAUACUUCCACGUGGACGACAUCUGGCGGAAACACGAUGAAAUACCAUCGAGACUCACAAUAGCUUUGGAUAUCAUGUCGCCAUCGAGACGGCUGUUGUUUUAUAACGCAUUGGCAUUUAGGAGGCAUGAAGUUGUCACUGUUUUUGUGUCUUCGCCUCAUGUUGAGGUAUUCGACUCGGAAGGCAAUCCAAUAAUGGCGCAGAUUUCCCCUGUGGUAGCGGGAGAGAAGCGGCUCGGUUUCGCCACCAACAAGUUCCAGCUUUCUUUCCCUGUCACGGUUGAUCCCUUGGCUAUCACCGUUUACUCUGUUUCACUUAGGGAUGAAAUGAGCAUUAACAAAUACACGUCGUUCUCUCGAGUACGGAUCUACAACGCGGACUACUGGAACGUGGACUUGCCCAAAAUGUUCGUGAUAGACCAGCCCACCGAGCGUCUAACGGAAGACGUAACGAUGCGCGCCGGGGACAGUACGCGGGUGGUCGCCAACAUGAUCGGACUCAUCAAGGCUAUUGUCUCACCGGGUGGCGCUACGGUUCCCGUUCACAUGGACUUUGUGCAGUACGACAGCCAGCGUGCUUUAGACAAUAACAGUGGUGCAUAUCUGUUCAUACCGUCGGGCCCUGCGGAGGUGUUCAAGCCGGAUCAGUUCCCUGAGAUAGUGAUCACCGAAGGGCCAUACAAGGCUUCGCUUUACACCGCUCUCGUCAGCCCUAAAUCUGCCGAAAUUAUGCUCGCUGUAACUGUACACAACAACCCGUCGCUGCCGCAAAGCGAAGUAGAAAUCUCCAACACACUGCUAAUUGAUCCACAAGCUGACGAUCUAGAGCUAGCCAUGAGGUUCUCCACUGGCAUCAAGAAUGGUGACGUCUUCUACACAGACCUCAACGGAAUGCAAAUGAUAAAGCGACGAUACUUCGAUAAGAUCCCGCUGCAAGCCAACUUCUACCCGUUGCCAGGCGCCACCUACAUCGAGGAUGACAAGACUCGCUUCACGCUGUUGACAUCUACGCCACUUGGCAUGGCCGCCUUACAACCCGGACAAAUUGAGGUGAUGCAGGACAGGAGAUUGACCAGAGAUGACAACCGAGGCCUCAACCAGGGCGUAUUAGAUAAUGUGAGGACACGGCACACGUUCAAAGUGAUAGUUGAAAGUGCUGUACCCUGUCAGCGUGGUUCCCCCGAACGUGGCAGCGGGCAGCUGUCGCUGGGCGCGCAUGUAGCGCAGCAGAUGCUGCUGCAGCCGCUCGUGGCGCUGCACCACGCGGCCAGCGAGAGCUCGCCGCGCCCGACCUACUCGCGCUCGCUGCUCAACGCGCCAGAUGUCGUACUCGCCGCCUUCCACGGCCACGUAUCCGCUAAGGACAAAGACGGCAAAUUACUGCACGGAAUGGGCGUUACCUUGCAACGGGUUCACUUGGACAUGUGUUACGGCAACAAAACUAUCGCCACUUCGUACCCCGUAGGAGACGGUCAGAUUCGGAUAUCCGACUUGUUCGAAGUGGCACCGGAUCGUGUGUACGACACCUCCCUGACGUUCGUUAACGUACGGAACCCGGUACCGGACGGUAUUGUGACGCUUUGCCCCAUGGAAAUACGGUCCGUGUUUAUUAAUCAAACAUUGAAACACGGCUAA